UUCACAUGAUGCUGGAGCAUUUCGUGAAACUGUGGAUAAACUGUCUCUUGAUAGUUCUUUUAAUUGUCAAUGAGGCUCAUUCAAACGAGACCCCACAGUAUAUUAAAGACAUUUUGGCAGAUGCAAAUGAGACUUCAGCAAUUUCAGACAAUGAUGACCCUGCUCAGAAUUCUUUGUAUGACUUUAUUGUUAUUGGAGCAGGAACAGCAGGCUGUGUCGCUGCAAAUAGACUAUCUGCCAAUCCAAAUAAUACCGUUAUUUUGCUAGAAUUAGGAGGCCCCGAAAGAUUGGCUCACCAAAUGCCAGUAUUGACCACAGGUCUGCUAAAAACAACAAACAACUAUGGCUACCAAACAGUACCACAAAAACACUCUUGCUUCGGAAUGAACGAUAAUAUUUGUGAUGCUGCACAAGGCAGGUCUCUUGGAGGAACAUCUUCUAUGAGCUCCAUGAUAUACAAUCGAGGAGAUCGUUCAGGUUUCGAUAGAUGGGCUUCAGCUGGUAACAUUGGUUGGUCGUACGAUGAAGUUCUACCUUAUUUUCUACGUGCCGAAAAUUCCAGCUUAGCAAACUAUGAAAACUCCCCCUAUCAUAACUAUUCUGGAAAAUACAUAAGCACUGAAGAUGUCAAAUUUAGAACACCAUUAUCUGAUGCUUUCGGGAAGGCGUGUCAGGAAGCAGGACUGAACUACAUCGAUUAUAAUAAUCCUGAUGUAAAAAGGGAAGGUUGGUCAUAUACACAAGCUACUACCAGAAAUGGACGUAGAUACAGUGCCUUCAAGGCUUACAUUGAACCAAUUCAAGCUAACCGACCAAAUCUUCAAGUUCUUCCAUAUUCCUUGGUCACUAAGAUUCUCAUUGAUGUCCAAACAAAAAAAGCUUAUGGGGUAGAAUUUGAACGACUCGGAAAGAAUUACACAAUUAGAGCUAAGAAAGAAAUAAUUCUGUCAGCCGGGGCCUUACAUUCACCGCAACUUCUCAUAGUUUCAGGUGUUGGGCCUACGGAAACUCUCACAAAAAUUGGAGUACCCCAAGUCGUUAAUCUACCUGUUGGGAAGACUCUGUUUGAUAACGUAGGUUUCUAUGGACCCGUGUUCACCACAAACACCACCGACGCCACUUUAUAUAUUGAUCGCGUUGAACAGAGAGAUAUUUCAAAAUUUCAAGAUGGAGAUCCUUCGACAAUAGUUUCAACAAUAAGUGGCUAUGAGGCUUCGGCAUUUAUCAACAAUACCAUUGAACUUUCGAUGAUAGCUUCUAGUUUCUCUGUUGAUUAUGGAACCUCGUACCGAAAGGCCCUGAACAUACGUGACGCCAUUUACAACACGGUGUUUAAGCAGUUAGAAACUACAGACAAUUUGGUAAUUCUUACGGUUCCAUACAAUCCCAAAUCCAAGGGUAGCAUUUGGGUUGAGAGUAGUGAUGUUAAAGUUCCCCCGAAAAUAGAUCCGAACUACUUUUCCAAUCAGGAAGAUGUUGAAAUGAUUUUGAAAGGUGUCAAGGAGGCAAUUCGAAUUGUUUCCCUUCCUGCCAUGCAGGCAAUCAACGCAACUUUAUUAAAAACCAAAGUUCCUGGAUGUGAAGAUUUUCAAUUUGGAACUGAUGACUAUUGGAGGUGUGCAAUCAGGACUCUAACCAUUCCUAGGCAUCACUAUGGUGGUACUUGUAAAAUGGGACCUGCUUCUGAUGAAACUUCAGUUGUUGAUGCUGAUUUGAAGGUCCAUGGUAUUGAUGGAUUGAGAGUUGUUGAUAGUAGUGCAAUUCCUGAAACAGUUGCUGGUCAUACCGAAGCGAUUGCUUACAUGAUUGGCGAAAAGGGUAGUGAUAUAAUAAUUAAUGCUUAUGCUUAA